AUGGGCACACUGCGCGUCCAUCGUCCGUCUGUGGAUACCGGGCUGUCCUGGGAAGAUUCGUGGCGAGAGCACUCCGUGGAGACUCAACUCUGUGUGCAAAGGCCCUGGGUUUCACGUCAGCCCGCCCCACGGCCACCACUAAAGUCACCUUCCUGGGCAUUCGCUCCCGCACACCCCUGCUGGGUCACCUGCCCAGGUCCUGGGGUGUCUGGAGUGCUCGGGAGAGCCGCUUCCCUCCUGCCUCCCGACGCUCGGGACGCCACGUCUCUGGGUGGCCGAGGGCUCACGGGCGCAGCCACGUGGAGCCCAGAUAAGGACAAGGCACCGUCCCUCAGUCAUGUGGCCGGGAGCCUGGGCCACCGCGAGGACCCACACACAAGCCCCGAGAGUCUCCGGGGAGCCUCAGUGGCGGACGGCAGCCACCCCCGCCACCUGCAGCAGAACGUUCCGUCUCCCCACACCGAAGCUCUGUUUCCAUUCAAUAUGAACUCCCAGUCUCCAGCGCCCACAAACCCACUUCCUGUCUCUGGAUUGGCCUGUUCUGGACAUUUCCUGACCUGGACUCCACUGUGGGGCCCUUUGCAUCUGGAUCUCUCACUGAGCACCACGUCCCUAAGGGCUCUCCAUGUACUGUCUGUGGGUGCGGGUGUGAGAACUUCAGUCCUGUUCAUGGCUGCAUGGUAUUCCACCGUGGCCACGGGCCUCAUCACAGGUCCAUCAUUCAUUUGUGGACACCGGCUGUCCCUACCUUCGGGCUGCUGUGACAUUUCGGUAUCUCUGUCCACCUUUUUUCUCUCUGGGUUUUGUUUGUUUGUUUGUUUGUUUUGAGACGGUUUCUUUAUGUAGCCCUCCAUAGA